AGUGUGUUGCUAUGUCACAAUAGUUAGUUAAGUAUCUGAGGCAUGAUUUGAAUUUAAGUAUUUAGGUCUGGGAAUUUAUCAUCUGUGCCCCUUAGUGCUAGGUGGCAAUGUGAGAAAAACACACCACACUUUGCUGGAGUUCUUCACCCUUCUGCCUACUUCCACCAUGCAUAGAUACCUGAGAGAGCUAGCACUAAAAGGGCAUAUUCUUUCUUUUGGGGGCAGAGUGCCAACCUUGAAUCUCUGAGACAUUUAUUAUUUUUAACUGGUCUGGGUGACCGGGAAGGAAAUUUAAGGAAGGAAAUCAGAGGAUGUUUUUACCUUUUUCUCCUGGACCCAGAGAAAAUACUAAGUAAUCCCCAAGUCACCACUAGUCCAUAAAUCUAGCCAAAGGAUCUUAGGAGAAAGACUGUCUUUUAGGUUUCAACUACUAAUUUUAUAGUUGGUUCCUGCUCCCUCACUUCUAUAUUUAAGAUCUGAAACUCUGGCCUUUCUUUGUAUCUGAAGGCUUAGGGAGAAAGAAGGGAGAAGGGUAUAAAUUAGCAUGUCUAUAUUAAUAAUAAUAGGUAACAUGUAUAUAGCACUUACUAUGUGCCAAAUACUGGCUAUGCUCUUGACAGUUAUUUUCUCAUUUGAUCUUCAUAGCACCCUUGGUAGAGACAGAGGUUAAACCACUUGCCCAUGGUCACAUAGUUAAAAGAUGCCUGAAGUUAGUUAGACUUGAACUUAAGUCUUCAGAACUCAGCACUCUGUCCGCCUAACUGACUCUAAAUUACCUAUCUGUACCUACGUGCAGAUUCUCCUUGACUCUAGAGCAGAGACCUACAACUUUUCUCAAGACACCUCCCAGCUUGCCUGACAUCACAUUGUUUUACUUCAGCAAAAGGAGAAGAGAAAACUAUAGUAGCUAAUGUGAGCCAAGAUCAAGAGAAAAUUGAGGAAGUGAUUUCCUUUUGGAGCAGAAAUAAUGAUUUCUCCUCUCUUUUAAAAAUAUUUUUCUAGAAGAACAGAUCUCUAAUUAAUAUAAUGAAAGUAAACCAAAAGUUCUAGCACGUAUACAAAGAUUUUUGUUUGACAGAUGACUUCAAAUACUUCUCUAAGUUUCUCUUUUUUGACAGUUUUAUUUAUCGCAUAAUUUUUAUCAAUAUGAUGAAUAUAUGAGAAUUUUUCUACAUUUCAGUACUUAAAGAUUCACAGACUAUAGACAAAGUAAAAUUCAAAGCAAAAUAAAACAAUGCUCUUAGAUUACAGUCAUGUCCUUGGAAGGACAUUUUGUUCAAAUUCACAUUUUUCCUUCCACAUCUUACCCUCCUACACAUCUCUCUAACUUCUACACAUCAUAUUCUCUUUCUGAUUCUUUCUUUCUCUUUGUUUCUGUCUGAUUGUCUCUUUUUUCUUCCUCUGCCUCUGUCUCAGACUGUCUCUCUGUGUGUUUCUGUCUCUCUCCUAUGUAAUGUUGUCUGUGCUUUGGGUUGUUGUAAGUGCAGAGAAGAAUAAAGAUUUCAGCAGAGGUUUAUUUUAGAGCAAAGGACAGCAGACUUUGUCUUAGGGGAAAUCUCAGACAUGUCAAAUUAUAUAUUCAUAAAUACCUCUGGACAGUCCCAUUCUACAUUCCUGAAGCCAACAUCUUAAAGCACAUCACUGCUAGCAGAAUCUUGUUUGCCCAUGUGUCAGCUGCACUUUUGUCUCUUUGGACCUGGUGGAAACUGUUCAAUAAAUGAGCAAGCCAGGAAAUCAAGAAACAAAAUCUAGGUCUGUAUUAGACAACCAGAAAUGAGCAGAGAAGUACAGAUCAGUUAAACGUGGGAACUGCCUGUAUGAAUGACCAUAUUUUCUAUUUUUACACCAUUUUUGACCUUCUACAUUGUGGGGUUAACAGAUUCCUCAGAAUUCUAGGGAUGAAACUGUUCAAUAACUGCUCUGCCUUACUUGUAACCCAACAGUAAUAUCUAUUCCAUCAGAAGGACCCUAAAUCAUCUUUGAGCAAAAUUCCAAAACUUGUCAUUCCUUCCUUGAAAUGAUUUAUCAGAUCUCAAUUCAAGAAACUAAUUCUUUUUCUUUUCUCCUUUUAAAAAAUAUCUCAACUGUAAUGGCCCCAUAUAAAAUAAAAUAUCCAAUCACUACCCUUGCCCUCAGUCUGAAUGAGGGAGUGAAAUAGCUUCUUUCCUCAUAAUGGAAACUAUCACCUAUUAUAGAAGAUGCACAGUAUACCAGUUCCAUGUAUCACAAAAAUUCCUAGAGAAUUUAAUAGGUGUGCAAGAAAAAGAACAAAGAAAUAAAUCAAAGAAAUUGCAUCUUAGCCAAGAGUUGUACUUUAUUCCCUUUCCCUAAUCCUCUGUCUUUUAAGAGUAUGGGUUUUUUUUUUGUAUUUUUGUUAUCAUAAGUGUUUUUGACAUCUUAGAUGAUUAAGUACCUUUUGCUAUGCCAAAAAGAAAAUCCUAGUAAUUUAAAAAUUAUUUUGAGAGUAGAAAUGAAGACAACAAUAAAACUUGGUUAAAAUUUUUUAUCAUUCAUUUAUUGGAUCAAUCAAUAGUAAUUUGUUAACCACUUAAUAUGUCCUAGGCACUGUGAAGCUUUGAAGAUUCAAAGAAAAGCAAAAUCAAUCCCUACCUUUAAGGAGCUUACAUUCCUAAUGCAAGCUACAACAUGGAUAUUUAAGGUAUAAACAGUGUAAGAGAAAGGCAAUCUUUAAGGGAAGGGUUGGGAGAUACAAAAGGCAUUACUGUUUAAUUACAAUGGUCAUUGUUCUUCACACUCUCAUAAGUUGAAUUUAAGUGAGCAAACUUGCACAAAGUCAUCAACCUCACUCUCUCUUCCAGAGUCAUCCGAGUCUAGUGGCAAGACAAAAUUCAAGAUGACUGAUGAAAGCUUUGGAUACAGUGAUUUCUUUGCUGUCUAACUAAGCUCUUAAGUGCACUGCAGCACUUGCUACUUCCUCUUUCAUAGAUGUUGGAACAGAUUGUUCUCCUCUGCUCCUUCUGCUAGAGAAAGUCUUCACCCACUUAAAGUAAACAUUCCCUUACCUCAUUUACAGGUUUGAUGUCUGUCUGUUACCCUCAAUGUAGUUUAUUUGAAAUGGUUUGCCCAUUGUGUGUGUGAUUGCUGUACAUGCUACAGCUUCUUAGAGCCACAAGUGAGAGCUGGAUGGCUGGUGGAUACCAAAGGAGAAAAGAAGCCCUGAAAAGGGCUUGACAAAUUCUCAUGCAGAAGUACUAGUCUUCCUUGACUACCCCAUAUUCUAGUCUAUUCUAUAUUAAUUAUUCUAUUAAAUACAGUAAAACAAAGUUAAAAGAGUUUGUAUAGUAUUUCACUUUUGAAAGGUUUCUCUCUCUGUGUCUCUCUCCCUCUGUCUCUCUGUCUUUCUGUCUCUCUUUCUCUCUCUCUCUCUUACUCUCUGUGUGUGUCCCUCUUUUCCCUCCCUUUCUCUCUGUGUCCCACUUUCCCUCCUCUCUCUCUCUUUCCCACUCCCCUCCUCUCCCUUGAUAAUAUAGUUUUUAAAAAAGAACCCUCUAAAGUUUAUCAAUAGCAAUAAAGUGCCACAGUCUGUUAGUUCCGUACUUCCAUCUUUACUUGGGAGGGGAGAAGGGAAGAGGGAACUAACAUCUCUCUCUAACAGUGGUGUGUUUGACCUCUUUUGGCUCCACAUUCUAAUAGCAUAAGUUGUAAUUGAGCAAACUUGUGUUUAGCCAAUAUGAAUGUCAUAAGUUGGCUCUUGGUUUUUCAAACUCACUAGCAUUCAGGAAGUAAUAGAAUUUUUACAUAUAUCUGUACAUUUAUUUUCAUUCAGAAUCUUUGACAAGUUGAUGCUCAGAGGUUGUUUUUUUUUUCUCUGCAUCUUGCAACAGAGCACACUUACAUGAAUAACUGUUAUAAUAUUAUUUUUUCCUACUUCAUGAAAUACUUUGAUUUUUUUGCUUCCAGUGCAUGUAGGGAGAACUGACUAUUUCAGAGAUGUGGUAAGAAUAUAUUUUAUAAAAAUCAUUGGAAUCAGUCUUUUCACUGAUGCCUAAUAUGGUAAGAGCUGUAGGGAUUAUAUGACCAUAGCAAAAUGAUGUUCUAUAAAGUACAUGAAAUAUGUUACAUGUUGGGAAAAAGAAAAAAUAUUGUAAAGGUGACUGGAAAGGUGACUAGAGGAGCAGAACUGGAGGUACAGUUGAAAUAGUCUUCAAUUUUUCAGCAUGAACAAAAGAAAUGAAAGGAUCCAGAAAAAAAUGGACACAAAAAGAAUAAAUAUGAUUUGUUGUUUUCAGUCAUUUCAGUCAAGUCCAAGUCUUUGUGACUCCAUUUGGGAUUUUCUUGGCAAAGAUACUUGAGUUGUUUACCAUCUCCUUCUCCAACUAAUUUUACAGAUGAGGAAACUGAGGCAAACAAGGUUAAUAGAUUCACCCAGAAUCACACAACUAAUAAAUGUCUGAGACCAGUUUUGAACUCAAGUAUUCCUGGCUAGCACUCUAAUUACUGUGCCACUCAGUUGUAUUUAACAGGCUUAUCAUAUGAUUUCACAGAUUGACUUUUAAAGACACCCAGUCCCUUGGUGGGCCAUAAAUAUUAUUUAUAGAUCUUGAUUUUUGUAUGCUCUAAAUAAUGCACUGCUUAGAAAUAUACCAAUUUUGACUUUUGGGUUAAAGAGAGCAUAGUGUAAAGAACAGUGGAUUUGGAGUUAGGUAGCCUGGAUUUCUGGCUCUGCUACUUCCUACAUAUAUGACCUAAAUGACUUUGCUUCCCUGGGACUUAGAGUUUCUUCAUCUGUAAGAGGAAGGACUUGGAGAAGAAUGUUUCCAAACUCUAUACUUAAGUUUUAUCAGCCCAAAGAAUUUGUUUUCAGUCUUUACAAAGAAGGAAGAAUAGGGUUGCUAAUUUAUCCUCUCCAGAUUUGCCAUUAGGAUCGUAGUCAAAGUUGGAAGACAUCAGAUCAGCUAGUACAACAUUUACAGAUAAAGAACCCAAGGCCCAGAAAAGACAAGGGAUUUACCUGGGGUCAUUACAGACAGUAAGCAACAGAAGUAGAAUUGGAAACCUGAUCCUAUGUGGAUAGAAGGUAGUAGAGACAAGGAGGACUACUCAAGUAGGGUAACAAGUUUGGUACUAUAGAACCGAGACUAUGAUUAUAUAGUGGGCAAUAUGCCAUGCUUUGUUUUAGUUGCUGGGGAGAGGCAACAAUGUUGUUAUUUAAUAAGGGCAAAGGAGAAAGAUUGAUUUAUUAUUAACUAUGUUUUGAGUUGUUCAGCCUCAUGAAUAUUAGUUAUUUAUUAUAGGCAUUACAUGUAUCUAAUGUUUGUUUCUCAUGGAAAAUUAUGUGGUGCUUUAUAAAGAAGUCCUCUCCCCCCCCCAAAUAUAGUUAAGGUCUUAAAUUAUCUGUAAAAUGAAGGUUAUUUCUUCCAGCUGACCUCAGAUACUUCCUAGCUAUGUUGACUCUAGACAAGUCACUUACUCACAUUUACCUUCAUUUCCUCAACUACAAAACUGAGAUAAUGACAGUACCUGCUUUGUGUUUGUUGUGGGGAUCAGUGAGAUAAAUUUUAUAAAUGCAAUUAACAUAGUACUUGGCACAUUGUCAGUACUUAAUAAAUGUUUAUUCUCUCAUCCCCAGCUCUCAAACUAUAUUCACAUAAUCCAAAGACAUACACAUGAAAAGAAAACUAGUAGAGGUCCAUAUGUCCUAUUUCCCUUCCUUAUUCUAAGCUCAAUGAGAAAUGUUUACAUAAUCAUAAUUAUGCAAAUAUGGCUCAGUCCCUACCAAUGCAUUCUCUACCAAUAGAUCAACAGGAGCUAUAAUUAGUGAAUAAAUAACAAGGAUACAGUCAAAACUAAGGUUUUUCCAGUAGGGAUAUAUGGCUGGGAGAGUUGAACUGUAAGGAAAACUGAGCUCUUCUGAAUCGAUGCUUUCAAAUCGUGGUCCUUUUAAGAGUCCCUUGGACAACAAGGAGAUCAAAUCCAUCAAUAUUUAAAGAAAUUAAUUCAGAUUAUUCACUGGAAUGUCAAAUACUGAAGCUUAAGUACUUUGGCUACAUAAUGAGAAGAUUUGAUUGAUGCUGGGAAAGAUUGAAGGCAAAAGGAGAAGAGGAUAAGAUGCCUAGAAGGUAUCAUGGAUGCAAUAAAUUUGAGCAUAGUGGAGGAUAGAAGAGUGUGGAGUGCAGUGUGGUCCAUGGUGUCAUGAACAGUGACACAACUGAAUAACUGAACAACAAUAACAACAAGAAGGGAAAAUCAAUUUUGAAGUAGAAGAAUUUUCCACCCACUGUAUAUAGGUUGCCACAAAUUCUCUGGUUGACAGGAAAAGGAAGGCUCUCUGGAAAAUUCAUGUUUCUUGGGUUUGGUUGGCUCCACCUCCCAGCCAUGAAACUAUGCCUCAUUUCAAAUUACAUCUAGCUCUGCAGCUACCAUUCCCACCAAGCUGCUGUUGCUUUCUUUAUCUGAGGCUUCUUUUUCUUCAAAGAAAUUGUUACUAGUUUCCUGUAAGAUUGUUCAGGUCAGUAUGUUGAGGACUAAUCCACAUUUUUAUCCUCUUUUUUUUUUUUAAAGCCAAGUACCAGCCAAAUAGGCCUUUAAGAGACUAUCAUGACCUCAUUCUGUUUUACUCACCCCUCCCUGCCAUUGCAAGUCAAUGAUAGGUUAAGGAGUGAUUAUUUCCCCCUCCAGUUCCCCAUAUGAUCCUUACAGCUAGAAUUAAGUAUUUAGCUUCAAGUUGAUACUUUGUUAUAUUCCUUAAAAUAACAUAACUACUGCUAUGACAAGCAAUUCUGUCCCUACACACUAAUGAUAAAAAGAAGUACAUAUUGGUGGUACAGGUAUUAAGUACAAUUGAAAUAGGAGACAAUCAUUUCUAGUAGGAAUGGUAAAACAAUAGAUUCACUGAAGAGUGGGUUUUGAAUUGGACUUUGGAAGUUUGGUAGAGUAUUAAUAUUCAGAGAUAAAUGAAGUAGAGUAGACAUUUUAUAGGGAGAAGUAGAAGAAAAAUGACUAAGAUGUAGAGGACUUUGAAUGAUAGGAUAAGUCAGGACUUCCUACUGUAGGAGGCAUUCAUGGUUUAGGGGAAUUAAAAUUAUUAUUAUUGGUUUUUAAUCUGGGAAUGGAGAAGAAAGGUGAUAUGAUGAAAGCAAUUCAUCAGGAAAAUUAAUUUGGCAGUAUUGAGUGCAGGAAUUGGUACAUAGAAAGAUUAAAGGUGGGGAGAGAAAUUAGAAAAUUAUAGUAAUAAUUUAAAAGUGGAGGCAGUAGUUGAAUAGUAGAUAUAAAAAGAAAAGCAAGAAGCAUUGCUAAGAAACAAACUCAAAGGACUUGACAAGGGGGUGAUGGGAGGUUGGGAAAGGCAAAGGAGAAAAGAAACAUUACUGAGGUUUCCAGCUUGGGUGCUUUUAGAAAACAUGGUGGAAGUAUGGAAGGAGGCUGCAUUUGGAGGGAAGACCAUGAGUGAUUUAGAUGUACUAAAUUUGAGGUGACUGCAGGGCUUUCAGGUGGGCAUUUAUUUCUGCAGCCACAGGACCAAAAGUCAGAGAGAAUGUUCUGACAAGGAACAUUACUGGUUGGAGAGGGAGGAAAAAAUCCGAGGAAAGAAAUGGUGCUACAAUUGAAAGAUCACAAACUGCCUCUGGGGUCAGAGGUCUUGGGCUCAAAUCUUAACUCUGGUAGUGACCAACUAGGUGCUGUUGGUCCUUGGGCAAGUGACUUUUUUUCCUUGGGCCUCUUUCCUCAUCUGUAUAAUGAAGGCGUUGAACCUCAUCCCAGUUUAGAUUUAUGAUCAUGUGAUUUUUUUACCUUUCUUAGUGAGGCCAUUUGUUCUAAUUCUAUGUAGUUAGUGGAUCUGCCAUCUAGGAGAGUCAUAACUGGUUUAAGUUCUGAAGAAAUUCAGACUGGAUGGGUUAAUCAAGAACUGAGCAGGUUGCAAGCUAUUGAUUACACUGGAUAUUCAGAUCCAUUGUCUCAUAUUUUUUUGAGUCAGACAGAUUUGAUUUAAAUAUAUUAUGCCCUAAAUUGCCACUUUUGGGAUAUUAUCUGUUGGAGUUGAUUCUCCAAGAAACUUUUAUUAUUAAAGUUUACAUAAUAAUACUAAUAGCUAGCAUUUAUAUAAUACUUUGGAGAUUUGCAAAACACUGUGUACCUAUUAUCACUUGAUCCUCAUAACCCUGUGAGACAGGUGCCUGUGGUAGGAUUUGAACUUAAUUCUUUUCCUAAGUCAAAGUCCAGUACUCUUAUUGUGCCACAAUCCAGACUAAACACACUAUUUGUGUGUGUGUGUGUGUGUGUGUGUGUGUGUGUGUGUGUGUGUGUGUGUGUGUGUGUGGUUCUUACACAUCAACUGCAAGGAAUAUUUCAUUUAUUAAAAAGAAAAGCCAGAAACCAUGUGCUUGGGUCACUUUGUAUCUGGGCCAGGCCAAUCUAGAGACAGAAGGGUUGUAAAACUAUAAUUUAUUUUACAGUUUACUGGCUUGACAAAUACCCUUCCUUUUGGAUAGAGGUGGGGUGGAAAAGUCAUGUGCUCAAGGAAGAGAGGAUCAGAGAUUUCUUCUCAAAAAAUGGCUUUUAAAAUACUUCUUUGGCAUGAUUUCUUCAUUUAUGAAACCUACUCCUCAGACUUUUAUGAAAUGCCUACCUCUUAUGUAAGAAAAAUAAAAGCCUUUUUUGAAUUAGGAAGACUCCCUUUAAUCUUGCCCAAAGUACUAGGGGGGGGAGUAGACUUUCUCCUUUUCAGCUCCUUUCCCUACCUAAAGUUAAAUAUGGCCAUUUCUCCCAAUUUGGAAGGUUUUCUUUGUAGAAUAUGAAUGAGCUAUUUACUGGGUAACAAAAAGACAAGCCUUUCAAGUACAAAUGGAGCUUUGGAGAUCUCUCAAUUUGAAAGACUAAUCUCUGCAUAAACACAACUGUUUCUCCAUAUUGCUGGGAACACUCCAUCUAGCUGUUUGGCCACAUUUUCUAUUAUGGUUUUUAUAAAAUGAAACUAUGGCUAAUAGCUCAGUAGAAAAGUAUCUGGGCCUAGCAGGCGCCAGUAAAGUGUGUUUCCAAAGCCUCAAACUGCACUGAUGAGCAAAGAAUGGCAGCUUUCUAUAGAAUCUGAUCUCUGCUUCUAAAUAACAUUAGGCACUCUUCUCUCCCUGCUUCCCUCUUGUCCAUUCCCUUCUAUUUAUUUGAGUGUGCAUCAACCAGUGACCUUAUUGAAAUGUGUUGAUUCUGCUAGCCAGGAUUGGGUUGCACCUGUUGCUUAUAGUUCUUUUUGAUCCCUGGGUUUUCCUUUUUCACUCUUCUCUUAUUAGACUAUGAUAAUUGACAGAGUUAAUACUAGAACUGUCCAUCAGUGUGAAUAAUCUAAGAGGUAAAUAUUUAUGCAUCACCUUUAACCUGAAGUAUAUUUGGGUGUUGGGAAAUAAUGGAUCUCUAGAUCUUCUAACAUUUCAGACUUUCUUGUUGGUCUCAACCUCUUUUUCUUCAGAUUUGGAGACAAAAUGGGAUUCAUGGCUCCAUAGACUGAACAGAAAAAUAGGGCUUUGCACUCCAUAUUCAUGGGCAUCUGUACCUCAUCAAUGACAUGCUAAUUGGUUGGCAGAUGCACAGGAUUAGAAAGCACAGUUUUCCUAUCGCCCAAACAAGUGCUUCCUGUUUUCUGGGAGUGGAUCAAACACAUGUGAUGGGGGAAACUAGCAUGAAAGUUGCUGAACCCCAAACGGCAGCUUCUUGGGUACAAAUUCAGGCCUCCAGUCUUCUGUAGGAACUGUUCUAUUAAAAUCUAGAUUGCCACUAGUUACAUUGUAAAAUUCUUAGAUGUUAAUAAGAUCACAUUUAAUUUGUAUAAGGUUUUAUGUGAAAAUCUUGAUGUUUUCAUUUCUGUGAUAAGGUACAUCAGAAUUCAGCCCCAUUACUAUGAUACAUUUUCAGGAGGUUUAAGGAAUGGUUUUUCCUUUUGACUUUAUGCUGAAUUUUUAAAGGUUGGGCAGAUAUAGUCAAAUAUAUUUAACAUGUCUAAGAAAGGAUCACAAAGGUAAUAUAACCACAUUUGAUUUCACAAAGAUUCACAAACGAUCAUAGGAUCAUAAAAUAUUUAUAGAUGUAGACAGGGAUCUUGGAGAUAAUCUAGCCUGAUCUCCACACCUAAAUUCCUCAAUUUAUGAACUGUUUCAAUAUUCUGUGCUGGUUACAGGGCAACUUUUGAGUCUUAGCCAAGCUUCUUUUUGCUUGCAUCACCAAAAAAAAAAAAAUAGCCAGAAUUUGCCACAAGGGGAGACUUGUAAUAGGUAAUUGGAAGCUUAAAUUUCCCUGUUACUUGAGAGAUUUAGGAAAGUCCUAGGUAUAUUUUCUUUUGUGCUUUUACCCUUCUACCUUCUCAGAAAACCCAUUUAAGCUUUAUAAUAACUGGGGAAAAGGUAUGGAUUUUUCUUAAAGCUUUCUUUUUGGGGGGUGGGGGAAGUGGGCAGACAGGUAGGGCAGUAGAUAGAGCAUUAUCUUGGAACCAGGAAGACCCGAGUUCAAAUCUGUCCUCAGAUACUUUCUGAGUUGUGACAACUGCCCUCAAAGUUAGGAAGAUCUAGAUUUGAGGACCAUUUUUAACACAUAAUUGUCAAUUUGGCUCUGAGCUAGUCAAGUAAGCUUCUCAGGAUUGGAAUAGUCAUUCCACUCCCCCCUAGGAAUUCUUGAUAAUUCCCAGUAGAGAAAGUGCUGAUUUGCCCAAUAAUAAAGGGAAUUAUUCAUUGAGGGCUCCUUAUACUGAUGAAAUCAUAGGUCAAUAAAAACAGAAUAAAUGUGAUUUUAAUUCAUAAAAAAGCAUCAUGAUAUAUUUUUAUGAAAAAAAGAUUAUAAAUUCCAGGGCCCAUUUCCAUGUCAGAAAUUUUGUUAUGAGAAAUAGCAGGUCUAGAGAUGCAUUCUAGGAUUUAGAUUCUUUCUGCAGAGGGGCACUUCCUUCUUCCCUACUAUGUAAGAAAGUCAGAUUAUGGCUCCUUGACCCUUUUCUCUUAGGAUAAUAUUGUGGAACUAAUAUUGGCUCAGUGUCUAGUUGAAGCUUCACUGACAAGUGGCUAUUCUAAGAGCUCCAGGAAUACCCUAGCUUGAAUUUUGUUUGCUAAUUCCUUAGGAAAGAGAAGGGUUAAAGCAAUGGGACAUAGGAAAAGGACCAAGAUCUGAUUGCCAUGAUGACUGGUGCCCUGGCUUAGUAUUCCUGACAAGAAUGGAAAGUUGAUGACCCUGAAAGGAAGGGAAGGGCACAUAAAAGAGCACCAGGUCUGGAGUUAGGAAGACCUGAGUUAAAAUGUAGAUUCAGAUACUUACUAGCGUUGUGACCCUGCGCAAGUCACUUUGCCCAGUUUGUCUUAGUUUCCUCAUCUCUAAAACGAGCUAGAGAAGGAAUGGUAAACUACUCCAAUAUUUUUGCCAAAAAACCCAACAAAUCAAAAGGGGAAAUAUUUACAAAACCUUUUGCACAGUGCCUCAGCACAUAGUAGGCACUUCAUACAUGCUUCUUCCCUUCUUUUUUACCUCUCUUCACCAUGGGACUCCAAUAAAAAUUCACUAAGAAUUAUUUAGUGGCCCAAGAGCCUCACUGUACCUCUCCAAGCAUCCUGCCCUCAAGAGGGAGUUCAUAAAGCACUGAGAAGGAGAAAAGAGCUCAGAGUAUAGAAAAUGAAUGGGGCAUUACUGUGUCCAUUCAGAGGAGCCAGAUCCUUGGUUUUAGGCAGAAGGGUCUCGACUUCAGUAAAUUGGAUUUUUGUCACUGAAACCUAAGUGCCACUUCUGUAGAACACUGCUGGGGGAAAAUCGUGAAAAGAACUUGUUAAAUGAGGUCUGCUCUCUAGUCUGUCAAAUCAACACUGAGGCCAUAACUAGCUGGUGGUCUGCCUCCCUUUCUCCUGCACCCUUGCAGCCUUUUGAAGUGCAGCCUUCUCAAGUCUUGUUAGCCAAAUCAGUUCAUUGCCCUCUUAGAUGUCAAUGCUGGGGAGUUCAUUGAAACCUGGAAAUUUGACAACUUUGGCCUUCCUUAUUUCCAUUCAGGCACUUGAAGGAGAUGGCCAACAAACAAGGCAGAUAAAAGCAGUCAUUUAGAUUUAGGUUUCAGAUUAAAGGCCGGAGGCUCAUGAAAUGUUCCAGUGUAACAGUGUAGCUUCUGUUCUGGGCUGCAAAAUACAUUAGACUAUGAACAAAAGAAUGGUCAGUGUGGAGCCUGCUAAGUUUCUGACCCCUGCUAUGUAUUUUGAGCUAAGUGAGGAUUUGGGCAUCCUCGAAGCAAAAGGCAAUCCAUCUGAUAAGUUGUCUCUUUUGCUUCUCCUGCUGACUCUCCUGCCCUAAUUUGGACUGAUCUUGUCUUACUGCUGAGGAGACGUUAUAGAAAGCCAACAUCAGGUUAAAGUUGGUUAAAUGGCUUUAUCUGUACUCUAGGUUAAUGUGCUCUGGUAUCCCAUGUCCUCUAAUAUUCUCUCCAAAAAACACAAUUAAAUUUGUUUCUAAUGGAGAAACAGAAUGUGUGAUUUUAUAAUUCCCAAUGGUUAUCAGGAAGAAAACAUGCAUCUCUUUUCCUCUGAUAAUAUGAAAAGAGAACUUUAUAUGUGGGUGUAUCAUGUGCUUUUCUCAUAUACUAUACUUUCAAUGAUGACAGCAUUAAUUUGUGAUUCUUUUACUCAUCAUCUUGUAUGCUAUUAGCAUUCUCUAAAUAACAUUUAUGUUUCGAAGUCAACAUUAAUUAAGCUUCUCAACCCAAAUGAAAAUACCUACAGGAGGAAAAAACCCCCAAGCCUGCAUAGCAUCAGAUAGGAUAAAAUAUUUGAAGGCAGUGAACAGUUCACUCACUAUGAGGGAAAAUUUAAAGAUAGCAAAGAGUAAUUAUAUACUAGUCAAAUUGUAUUUACUCCAAAAUGGAAAUAUUAGAAAUGGAGACAUAGAAGUUUUGUCCAAUUGAGUUUCUGGAGGGAAAGAAAUUCAGGGAUUUUUUGGGGGGGUAAUCUUUAGCACAUUUUUCUGUCUAAUACAGUUUCUUUUAGGCAGUUUUUCUAGGGGGUGUUUUUAAUUAUUAUGUCACAAAGAGAUUCAGUAGAGCUUAUAAGUAUUUGGCUUUUAGCCUUCUGGAGACCAGCCUAGAUACGUUUGACCCUCAGGUUUGGUGCCAAGUCAUCCCAUUGCUGCAUGGGAACUUGAGGAGAGCCAGGCUGACCCAGGAUAAUAUUCAGUCUUAAGUACAUUGAAGUGAUAAGAACUGGUUCUGGAUUUCUCUUGGGGUCAGAUAAUUAGAUGGCUGAUUUAGGGGAUUGUGUUUGUCCAAGGCUAAGCCAAUUUACAAAACAGUAGCCAAUCCCCCAUACACCUUGUGUUUUGAAGCCCAAGGUUAACUUGGAAUUCUUCCCAACAUUCCAUACUGCUGAGGAAGAGGACUCUAUACUAUCCCCAAUAGGGCUCCAGGCCAAUGUGAUGCUGAUUUGAAUAAAAAUAGAAAUAGAAUAGUCUUGUGAAGCUGAGAAUCUGUGCCAGGUACUGUUUCUUAACUAAAUCUUUUUAUUUUAGAAUAAAUAAGAAUUCCACCUUCCAAGCUAAGUAAGACUAAACUUGGGGAUGGUUGUUACUUUUUUUUUUAAUCAUUUAAUAUGUUUGGAUGCAGAUGUUCUUAAUGGCAAGAAUGCUGGACUUUUUCAUCUCUUAUGGUAUAUCAGGGUUUUAGCUCAGUGUUAGAGUCUUAAUAAAUGUAUAAUUGAAUUGAAUCAGGUUAUAAAUAUUUCUGUGGCAAAUAUAAAUGUAACUAUACAGUUAAAUAGAUAUAACCCUUUCUAGAUGUUUAUAAUUUAGUUGGAAUGGCAAAACUAAAAUUGGCAUGCAAAUCCAAUUACAGUACAAUAUUGGGCAAUAUAUAAUUAGUGCUAAAUUGUCAAGUCUAGACUGUAAGUAGUAUAGGAUUUCAGAAAUGAUAGCAAGCACUGGAGACUAGAGGGAUGAAAUGGUCUAAGCAGGGAUAAAAAAAAUUAGUAGUCUUUAGGAAAGGGACCUGGUUAGAAUGGAAGAUCUAUGCAUUUGCCCUUCUUUUUUUACUCUUUUUUUAUAAGUGAUAGAUUUGGGGGAAGAGGAGAAGGAAUGGAAACACUGGGAAAUGUUAAGCAACGUGAAAGCAAAAGUUAUCAGUGAAGUCUUAUUCAAAAAUGAUGGCACAGAGUUAUUUACUGUAGCAGAGUAGGGCAAAAGGGAAAAGUUAUCAUGUUUACUAAUGGUAAUUUUAAAUUUUGGUUACAUGAACUUGUACAGGUAGACAAAAAGGAUAGAGUAAGUCUUUGGGAAGAAUGCCCUUAAUAAAGCUAGAGAAUAAAUAAGAGAUUUGGAAGUAAUGCCGACUUGAAAGUUUCCAUGGAACAGUGAUUGAGUGGAUAGGUAAUUAGUUCAGAUUAAGAGAGUAGUCAUAGAAUUAUAACUGUAAUUGAUUUUAGAUAUUAUGUAGUCCAACUUUCUCUGAUUAUAUUGGAGAGGUGGAAACUGGGGUUGAGUGGGAUGUACUGAAGGCCAUAUGCUGGUUUGUGAUACAGACAGGACUAGGCCUAUAGUUUCUGAAAAGUCUUUAUAGUAUUAGUUAUUAUUAAGAAUGGCUAGCAUGUAUAUAGCAGUUUUAAGCUUUGCAGAGUGUUGUACAGAUUAUCUUAUUUUAUUCUCACAACAAUCCUUUGAAGUACUUACUAUUAUUAUUCUCAUCUUAUAAUAGGGCAACAGAGGCUGGCAGGUUAAGUGACUAUCCAAGUAUCAUACAACUAGUAAGUAAGUGUCUGAGGCAGGAUUUGAAUUCCAAGUUUUCUGACUUUAAGUACUAUACUCUAUCCACCAUAUCACCUAGUUCUGUCAUUUGGUGUAGCCCAAAAUAUAUAAUCCAUGAGAGCCUUCUAUAAAUUUGAAGACAGUUGUAUUUCUCUUUAGUUUUCUCUGCUUUGAAUUCUUUUCCAUGGGUUUUAUAUGAAAUUCUUUUGAGUACCUUCACUAUCCUGGUUUUUUUCUUUGGAUCAUUUAUUAAUUACCCUCUUAAAAUGUGGCACCCUUCAUUUUGAAUAUACCACUUCGUUUGAUAAUGAAAGGACUUAAUUAAAGAGAAUAGAAAUAGGACAGAACAAUUUACCCCAAACAGAGGAUGGUAAAAAGUUUACUAUUAAUAGUAAACCUUAAACCACUAUCAUUGGUUUCAAGAUGUUGAGGAACCUACUUUUUUCUCUGAAAUUACAUCAACUUUAUCUAAAUAUUUGUAGAAGCAAAUUCCCUUAUAAUAAAGCAAAGCAAAUUGAGGAGAAAUCUUUAUUCACCACCUGUAGUCAUCCUAGACUCCUUAUGAUUAUUGAUCUCCAUUUCUUAAUUAGUUGCUAACUCUCCUUUCUAUCUUCACAAUAUCUCUUGAAUCCAUCCCCUUCUCCCUCUCAUGGGAUCACUGCUCUAGUUCAGGUCUUCAUCACCUAUUGCCUGGACUACUGCAAUGAAAUUCACCUCCCUGCCUUGUGUUUUCCCUCUUUAAUCCAACCUUUACACAGUUGGUGAUGUUCUUCCUAAAUUAUAGAUCUGAUUACAUUCUUUACUCAGUAAACUCCUGGGGCUCCCUAGUACCUUUCGUAUCCAAUUUCAUCUUCUAUUGUCACUGGCAUUUAAAGCUGAUCUUUUUCACUCUCACUCUGUUAAAGCCAAACUGAGUUAAACUGACCUUCUCAUGGUUUCUCAUACAUGGCCCCAUUUCCUGUCUCCAUUAUUUUACACAGGCUGUCCCUAGUGACCUAGAAUAGAUUUCCUUUUCCACCUCCUACAUGAAGUCUUUUCUGAUCAUGUAGGUUGCUAGGACCUUGCUCCUAAAGUUGGUACCUCCGCACGCGCGCACGCAUGUGUGUGUGUGUGUGUGUGUGUGUUGGUGUGGGAAGGGGGGCAUAUUUGGAUAAGUGCAUAUAGACUCCAUCUAGUAAUCUGGAAGCUCCAGUAAGAUCAGAGACUUCUGUCUUUAUGUCUCCAGAUUUUAACAGUAUUCCUGCCAUAUAGUAGGUGCUUUAAAGAGCUAGUCAAUUGUUUGAAAACUACUGCUUCCUUUAGAAGAACAUGAUGAUCUCUCUCUAAAACAUGGAAUUAUUCCAUGUUUCUAAUAUGAGUUUACCUUUUUAGUCACCAAUUAACAAGGACAUGCAUGCUUGUGUUUUAAGUGACUUUGAUGGAAAAUAGGAUAUAUAACUACAUAUUUCUAAUUAAUUAUACAAGUAGAGGAAAGCAAGAAUACAAAUAAUCCAUAAGAACAAAUUAUCCAAGACAUUUCUUUUUUUAAAAAAUGCAUUUGAAUGUGAAUGUAUUUUAUGCUCAAGGAAUUCAUACUGUCCUACUAAAUCACAUACUUCAGACUAAAAGAUAACUAUAUUAAUUAGACCUAGAAAAAGUUAGAGUUGAACAGUUUUCUAUUCUAUAUCCCUAGUGUUUAACUCUGUAUGCUCUCCACUCAAUCCUGGGAAUAGAUUUAUAUCUUGUAAGUAAAAUAUUAUUUUAAAUCAUACUUAGCUAUUAUUCUCUUCUGAGUUACUCACACUUACCCUGACAGAGGUAAAAUAGUAAACUCUUUGAAUUUAAGAUAGAUUUUCUUCUAAAAAUGUGUGGUCUAGUAGAGGGGUCUUCCAGUCAAUGGCCCUUAGCUUUGGGUUUUUUGAAAGUUCUCCCAUACCCCUCACCAAGAUACACUAUAAAAUAGCCUUUCCUUAUUUUUUACACAAAAGAAUAAUCAAAAUGUCAUUUUCAUGACAAAAACUUCCAUAAAAUUUACAAGGUUUUAGGUGACACAUAAUAGUACUUCAAACUUAAGAUGAUACAGAUGAAGAAAACUAAAAUCCAGAGAUGCAACUGAUGGUCUAGAAGAUAAGAGUAUUGGACUUGGAAUCAGGAGGAUCUUUGUUCAGAUUCUAUCAUAGUUAUUUACUAGCUUAUGGACCUCUUUGCUAGUCAUUUAAUUUUGAGCCUCUAUUCCCUCCCUUAUAAAAUGGUGAUAAUGAUUGCACCUUCCUUACAGAGAUGUUGUGAGAAUAAAAUGUCAUAAUAUUUGUAAAACAUUUUGCAAACCUUGAAGCACUAUAUAAGUGCUCUAAUAGUCACUGUCAUUAUUACUAUUAUUAUUUACCGUGUCACACAGCUAUUGAGUGUCAGAGCAAGGAUUUGAAACCAGGUCUCUGGGUUCAAAUUUAAUGCUCUCUCCAUUAUAUUAAGUUGGGAAGAAUCAUGGAAUUCUUAACUAUAAGGGAUUUCUGGAUAGGCUUUUUUUUUUUUAGUAGAAAAUGGGUAGGCUCUGGCAGAAUUCCCCUCCUUUAUUAAUACAGCACUGAUAGCAACUCUUCCUAAUAGCAAAAAUAAUCUGUCCCAUAUCAACUUAUCACCACUUUAGCUAAACUCAUUAUCUAAAGGUUGGGUUCAUUUUAUAUUUUGAUCAUAAUUGUUAUGAGUGAGUUUUAUCUUUUCAAAUAAAAUACUACCCAUUUUAGUUUCUUUUUAGACUUCAGGGAGUUGAAGUUUUUUAAUGCUUUCCAUUUUUAGCCUAUAGCAAGAGAAGGCUGGGGACCACUGAUAUAGAUUAUAUCUAAAUCAACUUGUCCAUUCAAGGAAAACUUUCUGGGAAGAAUAUUCUUUAGUCUUUCUUGAUAACAUAUUCUAGUGCCUCCACAUUUCUAAUAGUUAGGAAGUUCUUUCUAAUGUCCAUCUUUUCACUAUUUUUAGGGCCUAAUCCUUAUUAUGUUGUUCUUAAUGAUAAAAGAAAGUGGGACCCCAGGCCUUAAAAGAUAUGAAGCCUAAACAAGGAUUUUCCUGAAUUGAUUCUAUUUAGGAAAAAGAUUGCUACUUCUUAGGGAAAAGACAUUCAAGUGUACUCACUUAGUAAUACAUGCCUGAUGGGAAUUCAGGCAUGUUUGAUUUAUUUCAUUAAAAUUUCUUAUUUUAAUAAAAGAGUAAGAGCAGAAGAAGCCUGGUUUACAGGGUGGUUGUGUUGAUGUUACUAUAGAAAAGGCUUUUUAAAAUACAGGAAGAAUGAUGUUGGCAGGGGGUGAGUUUGUAGGUAGUGAUGCAAGAAAAGGAAAUGUGUGGGUAGUAUAUUGAAUGAUUUUAUUAAAUUAAUGAGUAUCUACUAUAUCAAUAUUUGCUUCUUUAUAAACCCUCAAUAAUUCUCACCCAGAAACAAUAUACCAGUUCCAUAAAGCAUUGUUAAGUGUUUCCGCCUGCUUCACUUUUAGGGAAAAUGAUCUGUAAUAAUAUGGCGACGUGUUCCCAUUAGAGUAACUAUCAUGGGCCUAGAAUGGCUAAGUAAUUUGUCCAAGUUUACCUCACCAAUUUGUCUUCUGACUCCAAAUUUGGCACAUUUUUGACUAUGACAUCGUACCUCUUUAGAAGAAAACUGAACUGGAGUUUGUCCAGAUCAUCAUCAUCAUUGUUGUGAUCACAGUGAUGGUCGUGGUGAUCAUCUGCUUGUUGAAUCACUACAAGCUCUCAACACGGUCCUUUAUCAAUCGGCAGAGUCAAAACAGGAGGCAAGAAGAUACUUUGCAGCCGGAAGGGUGCUUGUGGCCUUCAGACAGCUCAGUGUCACGACAGGCUGCUUCUGAGAUUAUGUACGCCCCCCGGACUAGGGACAGAUUUACUGCCCCGGCGUUCAUGCAGAGGGACCGUUUCAGCCGCUUCCAGCCCACCUACCCUUACGUCCAGCACGAGAUUGACCUCCCUCCCACCAUCUCCCUGUCCGAUGGGGAGGAGCCCCCGCCCUACCAGGGCCCCUGCACCCUGCAGCUUCGGGAUCCUGAACAACAGAUGGAACUCAAUCGAGAAUCUGUGAGGGCCCCUCCCAACCGAACGAUAUUUGACAGUGAUUUGAUAGACAUUUCUAUGUACAAUGGGGGCCCGUGCCCACCAAGCAGCAAUUCGGGCAUAAGUGCAACCAACUGUAGCAGUAACGGAAGGAUGGAAGGACCACCCCCCACGUACAGCGAGGUGAUGGGUCAUUACCCCGGCUCCUCUUUUUUCCAUCACCAGCACAGCAACAGCCAGAGGGGAAGCCGGCUUCAGUUACAGCAGAACAAUUCAGAGAGCACAAUAGUACCUAUCAAAGGCAAAGACAGGAAACCUGGGAACCUGGUCUGACGUCCUCCUCUGGCGGCUUGGAGGGAAGAGAAGAGAAGGCGAUGGGAGAGGGCAGCCCAUCCAGGCCUGCCUCCUGUGCACAAUGUCUGGAAGUUUUACAUGGUACACCUGAGUAAAACCAAAUGUGCAAACGUG